AUGUCCACUGAUCUAAAAGCCAGCGAAUUGUUUGGCCAGUUCGCUCUGGUCAACAAUGAAACCAAUGAGAAAUUUCUCUCGUUGCCAAGCUUCACUUCGUUGUUGUCGCCUUUUCCAAGCGACUUGCCCAAGGAAGCCUACGCGUUACUCUACCUCAUGGCCGACAAAGACAAGAAGGGCUACGUCAAUGAGAAAGAUUUCGUUUCCUUUCUCGGCAACUUGACUGACACCGAUGGUGUCUUCAAAGUUGUGUUCCAGUUGAUUGGUGACGGCGAUAAGAAGGUUUCAUAUGCUGCAUGUGUCGAGGCACUCAACAAGUUGAACAAAUCAAUCGACCCAGAAUACCAUAUGAAGAGUAGAAAGUUGAAUUGGGCUUAUUUGGAACGCUUCUUUGCUCCAAAUGGUGAGAUCGACUUCUUGGACUUCAUCUCCUUGAUCAACAACUUGCCAAUGACCAAGUUGAUUGGUGGAUUUGAAGUUCUCUCGGGUAGAUCCGCUGUCAUCAGUAAAGAUGACAUGACCCAUCUUCUCUCGACUAACUUGGGACACAAGUUGUCCAUCAAGUUGAAGAAGAACUUGAACACUUUACCUGAGUUUUUCAAUAAGGAUCAGUUCACGUUGGCAAAUGUUUUGAUGGUGUACAACUGCUUGAACAAAGUGGAUUUGAUUAACGAAGUUAUCGCUAAUACCCCACCAACUCAGAAGGAUAAGUCCGAUAUUUUGAUCAACAAAAAGGAUUUACACGACCACUUGAACCACCACUUGCUUAAAUCAUCCAACUUCCGUCCUAUCACCACCCCAGAAUUGGACAUGUUGUUCUUUUUAAUCGACCGGAACGAGGAGUCGAUCCCCAGAAGAGAAUUGAUCUCCUUCUUGAACCCAAACUACCUCAACAAUGUUCCAACUUUAUAUUCCAUGUUCGAGCAUCCAGCUGCCCAGCCAGUGAAGGACGAUAACUUCUCCUUGUGGCCUAUCUUUGACUCAUUGUAUUCGUUUUUCUUGGGGUCCAUCGCCGGAUGCGUGGGUGCUACCGCAGUGUACCCUAUCGAUUUGGUGAAAACAAGAAUGCAGGCACAGAAGCACAAAGCCCUUUAUGACAACUCUUUGGAUUGUUUCAGAAAAAUCAUCAAACUGGAGGGUUUGAAGGGUUUGUACUCCGGUUUGGGUGCACAAUUGGUUGGUGUCGCACCUGAAAAAGCUAUCAAAUUGACUGUGAAUGAUUUGAUUCGUCGUAUUGGUACCAAUGACGAUGGCUCCAUUACCAUGCCAUGGGAAAUUCUUGCGGGAUCCACAGCUGGUGGUUGUCAAGUCAUUUUCACUAAUCCUUUGGAAAUUGUCAAGAUUAGAUUGCAAAUGCAGGGUGGUGCUACCUCCAAGAGCUUGAGCCCCGGUGAGAUUCCACACAAGAGAUUGACUGCAGGCCAAAUCAUCAAGCAGUUGGGACUCAAAGGUUUGUAUAAGGGUGCCAGCGCUUGUUUGUUGAGAGAUGUUCCAUUUUCUGCAAUCUACUUCCCAACAUACGCUAACAUCAAACUUCAUUUGUUCAAUUUUGAUCCUCACGACCCAACUAAGAAACACUCUCUCAGUACCUGGCAACUAUUGGUAUCUGGUGCUAUGGCUGGUGCCCCUGCUGCAUUCUUUACUACUCCAGCCGACGUUAUCAAGACCAGAUUACAGGUUGAGGCAAAGAAGGGUGAUGUCAAGUAUAGAGGCAUUGCUCAUGCUUUCAGCCAUAUUUUGAAAGAGGAGGGAAUCUCUGCAUUUUUCAAGGGUUCGAUUGCCAGAGUUUUUAGAUCUUCUCCUCAAUUUGGUUUCACUUUGGCUUCUUACGAGCUUUUGCAAAGAUUGUUUCCUUUGCAUCCUCCAAAUACUAGAGAAUCCAACUUCAAGGCUAUCAGUGGAUACCCAGGUGUUUACAAUUUGACAAAUGACCAAGUGUACAACACCGACCCCAGGGUGUUCUACUUGAACGGAGACCAAUUCAAGCAAGCUGAUAAAAAGCCUUUAUCAAAUGCAUUGAUCACUUUGCCAGCAGACUACGUUUACCGUUCUGCAGAUGCCGUCAAGUUAUUGAUGGAUAUCGACUACAAAUUUGGUAACUUUGACUACGGUGCCUACAAAACUUACGUUAAAAAAUAG